GCCUGGGCACUUAGAAAAAAGUUGCAACCUUGUGCCAUGUAAAUAUUGCAAACAAAGGCAUAACACGCUGUUACACUUGCAUGAGCCCGUGGCUCAUUCUGAGCCCACGGCUUCCCCUGUUUGUCACUUCGCGGAAUCAAGCCACGAUGUACCGCAAUGUACUACUGCGCCGCAUGCUUUGAUGUCCACAGCGAUCGUGAAGGUGCGCGACGGCGCGGGCAACGUGCAUACGGCCCGGCUGCUUCUGGACAACGGAAGUUCCUGCCACUUCGUAACAGAAUCACUCUGCGAUUUUUGAAGUCUUCCUCCACAUACUUCAACCCGGGCAGCAUGUUAAGUACUGGAUAUACGCACGGGAGGAGACGCGCGGGCGGCGGGCAGCACGCGACGUCAUCGCGGCAAGCCGCGAGCGACGCGCGGCACUCACUUGCCUUUACCUACUUCACCGGCAACGGACGAAUACCGAAUAUAAUUUUAUAAUUGUUUGGCCGGGAUUUCUUGCUGUAAUUAAGGCGGAAUAAACCAGCCUAUUUUGAUACA